AAUACAAUGUUAUUAUUGUAGAAUAUGGGACUUCCUGAUUUGCCUGGCCAACCGGAAGAUGAUAGUAAUUUCACAAUGGAUGAAAACAACACUGUCCACCUGGAACCGUUUAGUGAAGAUGAAAGUGACAACGAAUCCCUUGUCGAUGUAAAUGGUUAUGCCGGUUACCAACCGUUGAACAUGGACGAACAAAAUCAAACAAAUCGAAUGACAUCCGUAAUGGAAGAGGAGAUGGACACGGAUACGGGAGACGUGGAACCAGCGACGCACGAAGGAGGGAGUGCAAUUAAUGCAGAAUUUCUGAAUGUGGACGUGUGGAAUGCGCCACGACCCAACGAAUUAAAUAUUGAGCUCGAUUCAUCAAAAGCAGCAGAGAUAGUGAACGUGAUGGCCGGCAUAAAGCUGCCCACCACUGCCGUCCCAGAAUGGGCCCGCGGUGUACCGGAAGAAGAAUGGAAGGAAAAUUUACUACAGCGAAUUCGCCAACGACAGCAACCGGAUGUAGCCGAUGGAUGUAGCACCUCCUUCACGGCGGCAAGCACUUUUCCGACGAUAGCUAAUAGUAGCAGUAGCGGUGGAGGUAGCACUAGCAGUCAUACGAGUAGAAGAACGUGAUUUAUAAGCCAUAUA